CAAACACUUGCACGUGCACAUACUUGCACAGUCCUAGAAGCAUCUGUUUUCCUCUCUUAAAGUAACCCAGCUAAUUUGCCUCACCAACUGCAGCAGCAGUCAUGGAUAUUACCAUUCAGCAUCCUUGGUUCAGACGAGCUCAUAGCCCCUUCUACCCAAGCCGACUGCUUGAUCAGUUUUUUGGAGAGGGCUUCUUUGAGUAUGAUCUAUUUCCUUUCUUUUCUUCCACUAUUAGUCCCUUUUACAGGCAAUCCUUCCUCCGUAGCUUCCUGGACUCUGGAAUUUCUGAGGUGAGAUCUGAAAAAGACAAGUUUACAGUCUGCCUGGAUGUAAAACACUUUUCACCUGAUGAGCUAAGUGUAAAAGUCAUCGACAAUUACGUUGAAAUCCGUGGCAAACACAGUGAGAGACAGGAUGAACAUGGUUAUGUUUCCCGCUCUUUCCACCGCAGAUAUCGUCUAGCUCCCAAUGUGGAUCCCUCAACAUUCACUUGUUGUGUGUCUCCUGAUGGCAUGCUAACUCUCUGUGCCCAGAAAUCACAAUCAACCACAGACUUCAGCCGUGGUGAGAAAACCAUCCCCGUUAUCCAUGAAGAGAAGACCUCAUCUCCAUCUUCAUAGAAUAAAGGUGGAAGAGACAGAUGUAGAUGGCAACGCAUGUCAGGCUCUUCCAUCUUGGCCACUAAAUAGAUAUCAGUGAUUAUAUAGUUGCUUUAGUUGUCCUUAUAGGCUGGGAGAGCAACGGAUG